AUGGCUCUGUUCCUCAACUGUGGAGACGUUUUAUCUCUUGGCACAGAGGCACAGAGCUUUGGUCUGCUGGAUCCCAAACUGUGUUACCUGCUGGAUGGAAUUCUGUUCAUCUAUGGAGUCAUUGUCACGGCCCUGUACCUGAGAGCAAAGUUCAGCCAGAGUGUAGAUGCUGCCGCCUAUCUGCAGGGACCCAACCAGCUCUAUAAUGAGCUCAAUCUAGGCCGAAGAGAGGAAUAUGAUGUUUUGGACAAGAAACGGGCUCGGGAUCCUGAGAUGGGAGGCAAACAGCAGAGGAGAAGGAACCCCCAGGAAGGCUUGUACAAUGCACUGCAGAAAGAUAAGAUGGCGGAGGCCUACAGUGAGAUUGGGAUGAAAGGCGAGAGGCGGAGAGGCAAAGGGCACGACGGCCUUUACCAGGGCCUCAGCGCUGCCACCAAGGACACCUAUGAUGCCCUGCAUAUGCAGACCCUGCCCCCUCGCUAACAGCCAGGGGAUUUCCCACUCCCAGGCCUCGCCCGGAUGGUAUCAAUUGUGACGGACAGAGCACAAAGCAUUUACAACUCGCUUUAGUAAUUUCACAGCCACCGUUUUAUGAAGAGGGUGAGGGUGUUUCCAGUUAUCAUGCCUUCCUUUUCCAGUUCCAAAGCACCCUACACAGAAUGCCAUGCCUGGAGUCUUUAAAGGGAGCGCUCCCUCACUCUCAUACCCUGUUGUUAGGGUCUUCUGGCAGGCCUCUCUCACUGCAGAGCCAAGCC